CCACUUGUGUGUGGCGUAUUUUGUGCACUGGCCCUUUAAGAGCGCCACGGCGCCUCUCAACUCGCGGCAGACAUUUUCAAUGCAAGCUUUUUUUCUUGCAUAAAUUAUGCUCAUGACGUAGUAGCAAAAAGGGCACAUUUCUGCCGAUUCUCGCCGAUUUAGUGCCUCACAUGGGUGCUCGUGAGGCGCCUGGAGGCGUUUUUGGGGGUGUGGGGGGGAUGAGCCGAAGUGUGGGCAUCGCGGCGAGGCGAGACGAGAGGCCAAGGUACCUCAAAAGCUUUUUAUCAAUGCAAAUGGCUUUUGUGUGUGCAGCCACUGCGCCUGUCUGGGAGCUGACAUGCAUUUUUAAUUAGCUGCGACCGAACCAAACUGUGACAAGGACCCUGUAGGAGCGGAGGAUACAAGCGGUGCAGCCGAGCCAUGAAGUCCCAGGACCUUCCUGACAGGGAUGCCCCGCUUGCUGUCAACGAGCAGCUGUUCACUGUCUAAGCGCAGAAGUCUUUUUUCAGCCAUUUAAACCCUGCCUUUUGAAAUUUCCUGCCACAGGCAACCAGGUCAUCGUGAUGUCUGGCCAUGAGACAAUACGAGUGCUAGAGGUUGAGGUUGAUGCAACUCUGUCUUCAUCGACACCUGAAGGGAAGAGGAGCGAAGGAAAAACAGAGGAGGGAGGGGCUCAACUUGAGUGUAGUCGCCCACGGGACAACCAUACUGGACCCCAGGACCCUGGGGGAGUCGUCGGUGGCAAGCAGCAAGCAGCAUCCGGAGAGGUGGCAGCCCCCACCGUCCCAACCCUCACUCCGGUUGUGCCCAUCAGCGUAUCAUUGCCGCAGCCUCCUGCGGCUACUGUGCCCGUCACGGUACAAGGUUGUCCCCAGGUUCUGUCCCAAGAAAGUCUGGCCACUCUGAUGACGGGCAUGUUGUCCCAGACAGGCUCCGUGGCCCAGCCCUUGCUCAUCCCCAUCAGUAUGGGCGGUCCCAUUGGCGGCCAGGCGGGUCUGGCGGUUCUCACCCUGCCGACGACCAAUGUAGCUACUCUGUCUGGACUCGCUGCCGCCACGCAGCCCGCGAAUCUCCUUAAGCUGCCCUUCGCUGGCCUUCAAGGUGCGACGGUUCUGAAUCCCGUUCAGCCUCAGCUACAAAGCAGCACGCAGGCUGUGUUCCAGCCUCCACCGGGUUCCAUACAGCCGGUGCAGACGCCAUCGCAGCAGCCUUGCAGCGCCUUGCCUCAGUCGACACCAGCCGCCGUCAUCUCUGCUGCUCAAGAGGGAGUCGCUCAAGUCACUCCAGCAGCAAGUGUGGCCGGCCAGUCCAACAUUUCAGUGGCUGCGCUGCAGACAGCGGGACUCGCCAUCAAUCCUGCACUUAUCAGUGCUGCAUCACUGGGAGCGCAGACCCAGUUUCUCAGUUCCCUCACCUCCAGUCCCAUUAUCACCAACGCCAUGUCCAACAUGGCCGGAAUCACCAGCCAGAUCCUAACGACCACACAGGGACAGGUGAUUGGAACUCUUCCUUUGUUGGUAAAUCCAGCCUCCUUGGCUGGGGGGGCUGCUACUCCAACCCUUCCCCUCCAGGGACUGCAGGUUCAGACAGUCACCCCACAGUUGCUCCUUAACACCCAGGGCCAAAUCUUUGCCACGGUCGGGAACGGAGCCGCCUCGGUUGCGGCGUCUGCUCCUCUUCUGCCCAAAGCUGCUGUCCCGCCCGCACCUUGCAAACCGAGCCCCCAGUUGGCACACGACCCCGCACAGGCGCCAGCAACAGCUGCCACCCAGUUGCCCGUUGUCAUUGCCCCACAGCCGUCAGUCCUCAAGAGCACCACGUCGGCGUCCUCAUCGCUCCCUCUCACCUGUGGCGAUACGGCAAAAGUGGGCCAGCUUGUCAGUAAGCCCCAUCAGGCUGCCAGCAGCGAGGAGGGCAUCAAUCUGGAAGAAAUACGGGAGUUUGCCAAGAAUUUCAAAAUCCGCCGGCUCUCGUUGGGACUGACGCAGACUCAAGUGGGCCAGGCUCUGACUGCCACCGAGGGCCCAGCCUACAGCCAGUCUGCCAUCUGCAGGUUCGAAAAGCUGGAUAUUACCCCCAAGAGCGCUCAGAAGUUGAAGCCGGUGCUGGAGAAGUGGCUUGCCGAAGCCGAGCACUGGAACCAGAAGGGCCAACAGAACCUGAUGGAGUUUGUCGGCGGCGAGCCUUCAAAAAAACGCAAGCGCCGCACCAGUUUCACGCCUCAAGCAAUCGAGGUCCUCAACGCGUACUUCGAGAAGAACUCGCUGCCGACCGGCCAGGAGAUCACAGAAAUCGCCAAGGAGCUGAACUAUGACCGGGAGGUGGUGCGGGUUUGGUUUUGCAAUCGGCGACAAACGCUGAAAAACACAAGCAAAAUUAACAUUUUCCAGGUCCAGUAGAAAAUGGAAUUUUGCAGACUUUCCUGUAAAUACGAGAACAUGAAGGAAGUUACACACUCUAAAAUUCAAUGCAAGUACAGUCCUUAACUUCUAAGACUGAGUGUAUGUCUGCAUGGUCCUCCUAAUAAUAACAUACACAGAUUUGUGGCAUUGUUGUUCAUAUGUGCAUACAGUGGAAGAGUUUUUUUCUGGCAAAAAGGCCUCCAGAAGUUGCACAAAAAGUCAAACUUUGAAUGCAAAAUUAUCACAGGACCUCAUCUUAGCAUUUAUUAAAGGAUUAACUCCGUACUUUCCCUUUUCAGAUGCGUUUUGGGGUUAUUUGGCAAAAAGACUUGUCGUCGCUUGGUAUCAAAGACAGGACCGUUGUUUUACAGCGAACAACUUAUUUUUACACUUGAUAGUUACUUGAAAAAUAUUCAGUUCAUAAAGGCAUUUUCAGAGUGGCAGUUUGAACCUGCUAUGGGGAAAGUCGCUUUCAAUCGGAGAGACUUAAGAGGUUCCACUGUAUCAUAUUUAUUACCAAAUUGCAUUUGCAGAGCCACAACAGGUCAGGGACAUUCUGUUGUUUGAUAAUUCUUGAUAAUCAUAAAAGGUGAAGGUAGCUGCAUUGGAUCUUUUACACUUUCACAAGAGUCGUUGUUGGUGUUUGAAGUUAUUACAAGUCCUCGGUUUUAUAAAUGUAUUUGUGGCUCAUAUAUGGCCACUUAUGCAAGCAUAGUGUUUUGAUUCAAUUAGUCAUGAUUUCAUCACAAUCUGGCCGCACGGUGGAGCAUCUGGUUAGAGCGUUGGCCUCUCAGUUCAGAGAAUCGCAGUUCAAAUCCCGGCUCGCCUGUGUGGAGUUUGCAUGUUCUCCCUGUGCCUGUGUGUUUUUAUUCCGGGCACUCUGGUAUUCCUCCGACAUCCCUGAAACAUGACCCCAGACUCUAAAUUGCCCAUAGGUGUGAUUAUGAGUGAAAAUGUUUGUUUUGAUGUGCCGUGCGAUUGGCCAGCAACCAGUUCAGGGUGUACUCCGCCUCCUGCUCGGAGAUUGCUGGGAUAGGCGCCAGCAGUCCUGUGACCCUUGUGGGGAUAAGCAGCUCAGAAAAUAGAUGGAUGGAUAGAUAAUCACUAUCUAUUGCAGCUUUCCUGUCUCACGUCUUUUUUCAGUGAUAAACAUUACUCCUCAUCUCAAGCUGGAUUUUUUUUCCAUCCAGCCAUUUUCUUCGCCGCUUAUCCUCACAAGGGUCCCAGUACAAUGCUGCAUGGUAGAAGUUGAGAAAUGUUCCAGAUAAGGUAACACCACGUCUGUAUGUGACUGCAAGUCGGUCUAUUGCCAGACGGAUUUCAAAGGUGAGUCUCAAGCCUCCACUUCAAAAGAAAAAGUCAUCCAUCCAUUUUCUUAGCCACUUAUCCUCACAAGGGUCACAGAGAGUGCUGGAGCCUAUCCCAGCUGUCAACGGGCAGGAGGCAGGCUACACCCUGAACUGGUUGCCAGCCAAUCACAGGGCACAUUGAGACAAACAGCCGCACUCACAAUCACACCUAGGGGCAAUUUAGAGUGUCCAAUUAAUGUUGCAUGUUUUUGGGAUGUGGUAGGAAACCAGAGUGCCCGGAGGAAACCCACGCAGGCACGGGGAGAACGUGCAAACGCCACACAGGGGGGUCCGGGAUUGAACCUGGGACCUCAGAACUGUGAGUUUAACGCUCUACCUGCUGAGCCACCAUAUUCAUUAUAUAAAAAAUAACUUAACAAAUUUACGUUCACUUUGAAAAUCACCCUACGCCAAUAACAUUUUAGAUACAUUCAACGAGUCUACCAUCAAUAAAAUGGAUGGAAUUGCAUAUGUUAUGAAUUAUGUGUGUAAUAACUUGAGUGUGUUGCAUGUAUUUAUGUUUUUUUUCUACUAACUGGCAGUUGUUAUUUUUAACCUUAGUGUUAUAUGUCAAGGAUUCUUUGCACUUUAUUGACACGUGAAGAGAUGUCAUGAAUGAUUUUGUACUGUGCAAGUUACAACCAUGUUGGUGGGCCAUAUGAAUUAUGAUUUUUUUAUGUUUCACUGUUUUUAGAUAUUGAAAGGUAACAACGCUUUUAACAUUGCAGUCGUAACAGAACAGCUGCUGUUAUGAAGAAUAAAUAUGAUUUGUGGUCGAACAGGAGAUCACACAUCUACUAAACAAUGCAUAUGUUUUGCCUGUUAUGUUUUAUGGAAAAAUGUACAAAAAAAUUGUUAAAUACCAUUAAGGUAUAAAAGAAGCAAGAUUAUAGAAAUAUGGUAGCAUAUUUAUAAAUUUUACUCAACUGGGAAGACAAGGCUUUGGAGACAGUAAAGAAAAAACUAAGUUGGUUGUUUUUUUGUAAAAUGUAAAUAAACUGUCUUUACUUUA